GCACCAUGGAGCUGCUGCCCGGCCACCUCUUCCUUUUGCCCCUCCUCGCAGCCCUGCUCCCCCUCUCUGCACGGUCUGGCCCGGCCCCGCUCACAGCUGGACAAGAGGAGCUGGGGACGGUGAAGCCUGGGUACUGCUACCACAUCCCAGAGGUAGAGGACCUGCUGCACCAGGACUGCAAAGCCUGCCACAAGGAUGCCUCCUGCUCCCACUGCACCAGCGAUGCUGGCUGCCCCGGUGCCACCAAGUGCUGCCCCAGCAAGUGCGGCCACACGUGCCAGGAGCCAGUGCUGGACUUCUGCUACCUGCCCUCUGUCUGCGGGAGCUGCAAGGCGCUCUUCCGCCGCUUCUUCUUCAACGCCUCCAGCCAGCGGUGCGAGGAGUUCAUCUACGGCGGCUGCGGUGGCAACAGGAACAACUUCGAGACCCAGGCCGAGUGCUCCCAGGCCUGCUCCCACAUCGGCAGUGCCCAUCCCUCUGGGCUGCCCUCCUGCGCUGCCACCAGGCGCUGGGUGCUCUCAGCAGCCCCACGUGCAGCCCCAGGCUCAUCCAGGCACCCCCCUGCAGCUCCCACUGCCCCUGCAUGGGCUCCCAGCCCCAGCUCUGCCCUCAAGCUGCUGCCGUGACCUGG